AUGUUAUCAUUUAAGGACACUCUCCCUACCUGUCUAGGGGUCAUAAAACGUCGAGAAAAUAUGAAAUCGGCACUGCGCUUCAUUAAGUUCAAAGUGAGCGUGGAACAAUAUUUGGAAGGGCUGUUUUUGCACGUUAAAGUAGAUGGAACCGAAUGUUCAGAUGAGACGACUAGCACAAUUAAAGUCGAACAUCCCUAUUUCCCCCUUGAAGACGAAAAAUCGCAAUUUUCCAAGAUUUGUUACCGACUUCACUCUACACUAAUACUCUGUUUUGCCUACGGACAAGUGUCAAGCGAGUUUGCCAAUAUGGUGGUAGCGUUUGGAGACAUGGAAGCAAUGACGGCAGCUUCAUUCGUACUUUUGACAAAUUUGGUACAUCUGGUAAAACUUUAUUGUUUCAUAUUCCAAAGAACAAAAGUCCAGAACUUGAUUAACAGCAUUAACAGAGAAGAAUUUAAACCGAAAAAUAGUGACGACUGUAACAUAUUGUUGAAAGAUAUUAACCGCUCCAAACGCAUCACUAAAAGUUUUUGGCUCAUGUGUUUUAUGGUUUGCCUUCUAUUUGCAAUUUUCCCACUUUUGGAUAAAUCACAAAGUGAAGGUAUUAGAUUGCCUUUGGGUGGAUGGUACCCAUUUAACACCAACGAAUCUCCUGUGUUCCAAAUAGUUUAUGUGUACCAGAUUUUGGCUACUUACGUCAACGGAAUCAGAAAUAUUAGCAUUGACACUUUUAUUUCUGGAGUUAUAAUGGUGAUCUCUGGUCAGUUGAGUUUGCUUAACAAUGAGUUUCAAACGAUUAACGCAAAACAGCAAGAUUUUGGACACAAUCAAGUGGAAAUUAGAAAGCUUUUGUUGAGAAACGUGCUUCAUUAUAAAAGUAUCAUUACGUUUACCGACGACGUUACCACUCUCUUUUCAACGUGCUUGAUUAGCCAAUUCGUUGUCAGUGUUGUCAUAAUAUGCAUGACGAUGUUUCAGUUGAGUUUAGUUCCUGUUUUAAGUUUGCAGUUUUUGUCCAUGGCGAUGUAUCAAGCGUGUAUGCUUUUAGAAAUUUUUCUUUGGUGCUACUACGGUAACGAAGUCAUUUUAAAGAGCACGAAUCUUACAAUGUCAGCUUACAGGUGUGGAUGGGUUGAGUUUUCUAAAGAAUUUAAACAGGAUUUACUGUUUUUUAUGACUCGGACACAGUUUCCUCUAAAACUGUAUGCCGGUGGAUAUUUUACGUUAUCUCUGGAUACUUUCAUGGCGAUUUUGAAAUCUAGUUGGUCUUAUUUUGCGAUGCUCAACACAGUUCAUUCGAAGGAAAUAGUUUAG